GAACUUUAAUUAUUUAUCUGUGAAUUACGUAUCUCUAUUGAAAUUCGAAUGAAACAAUUGUUAGAUCAGUUUGAAUAUUUCGCGUACUGGAAUAAUGUCAGUUUGACAAUAAGUGAAGUGGUAAAUUCACAAUCGUAAAGGAUUUUAACCUCAAAAACAGAAGAGAAUUUAUCUCAUGAAUAUGUUUCAAUUUUGAUUGAGUUUAAUUUUAAACUGUUUUUUGGUAGUUAUAAAUUUAUCAGUGACAAUUUGGUUACAUCGGUUUAAUGGUUCUGUAACCACAAUUAUAUUUCGCUUUCAGAAAUUAUGACGCGAUAUAAUAGACGCUGUGAUGCGAAUCGGAAAUGUGACAUUGCAAAUUUUAGACAGAUGUGAAGUCGAUUGUUUAAUAUCGAUUGUUUAAUGUCGAUUGUAUUCUUUUAUGUGUUCAGUCGAAAACUUUAUCGUGAUAAAUGAAUAAUCUGGACAGUUUUAAAUCCAACAUGUUUACGGUCUGGAGAAUCGAUGUUGUUCUAAAUUAAUGAAGUGAAUGGACGUUGACAAUUCACUUCAUUGUCUUAAUUUACUUCGACAAAUAUACCUGGUUAUAGAUAGCGAUUUUGUGAAAUAUCGUGUGUGUUUAUUCUGUGUGUGUGUAUAUGUAGUCAAUACUAGAGAAGCAAUUUGACAUGUUUAAACGCGGGAAGAGGCUUUAGAAUAUUACGAACAUUGACAAAUUAUCAACGAAAAUUUGUUUUGAAGAUGGUCAGGUUCUGUUUGAAAUUUCAAAUAGUGCCGUUUAUGAACUUUUUCGUACAAUAUGCUUCAUAGUUUUUUUAAGACAGGAAAACAUUAAUUUUUAUUUUGCUUAGUGAUGUGUUGGUAUAAUGAUGCUUUUAGGUUCAGAAGUUUACGUAGGACUUGAGUGUAUUUAAAUGAAUCUUUAAAGAAACGAAAUAUUAUCCACACAUAUAAUCAGAAAAUACUUUAGUGACUUUUUAAAAUAAUUUUCGUGGUACUUUAUUUAAAGUAAUAUCAAAUAUAAUAAAAAAAUACGUCCGUGGUCUACCUCAGAACAAUUUCGUUCAGUAUCAAUACCUUUUACGUACAGUUGUGUCACCGAUUUGUGGUUUAAAAUUACGUAAAAUUAUUAUAUGUUCUCUUUUCCCAACGUUAUGUUACCUUGAAAUGGAAGUGAUGAAUGAUAAUAGUAUUGAACUGAUGGACAGUGACUUCAACGUAAGUUACGAUAAUUCCAGUGUGUUUUGGGGUGGAUUUAUCGCUGCUACGUCUUACCCCCUGUUUACAAUUACGGGUGGUAGUGUUGGUGGUAUAACAAAUAUAAGUAAUGUAAGUGUUGGAGGUUCGAAUAGAGUAAGUGUUUUUGAAAGUGACCUAAUUAUACCCCUGUACGUCGUAAUAUUUGUGUUGUCCAUCGUUGGAAAUUCGCUUGUACUGGUCACCCUUGCCCAAAACAAGAGGAUGAGGACAGUUACAAAUGUCUACUUACUUAAUCUGGCAGUGGCGGAUCUAUUGCUGGGUGUCUUCUGUAUGCCGUUUACGCUGGUGGGACAAGUCUUACGUAACUUCGUGUUUGGAGCUGCCAUGUGUAAGCUCAUCUCAUUCUUCCAAGCGGUGUCAGUUUCCGUGGGAGUAUGGACUCUGGUGGCGAUUUCUCUGGAGCGCUACUUCGCCAUCUGUCGGCCUCUGAAGUCGCGACGAUGGCAGACCCAGUUUCACGCGUACAAGAUGAUUGUAAUGGUAUGGCUUGCGAGCCUUAUAUGGAAUUCUCCGAUCCUUGUCGUCUCUCGACUCCAGGCCAUAAAGGUUACAGGGAGACAUAAGUGUCGGGAAGAGUGGCCUUCCAAGUCCAGUGAGCGAGCCUACAAUAUAUUCCUCGACGCCAUGUUACUGUUGGUACCACUGAUUAUCAUGUCACUAGCGUACUCUCUGAUCGUAUCAAAGUUGUGGAAAGGUUUGAGACGGGAAAUUCGUCAUAAUUCGUCAUGUCGCAGACAAUUGGAGAGGACCAGUAGUUCGGCCACUGUGAAUGAGGUUGUAAUGACAGGCAACAUCAAUGGAGGUUCCACAACGGGAAACGCUGUCAUAACGCCUUUGAGACAUCAUCGGCUUUUCUCAGCGAAUCCGUCUCAACAGCCGAUUCUACCUCGUCAGGCUACGGCAGCGACAGCUGUGUGUAGCGGAACGGAUGGGAAUCAUCGCACCGCCACGUCAGUGAAGUUGUGGUUAUUCAAAGGAAUGGUUCAGGCGCGACUGCCAAGUUCGAAUGACGUCGCAUCGGGGCGUUAUCGGGAUCGACCCGGUUCGCUGUCGACGGGUAAGACAGUGGCCAUACCGUCUCAACAAACCACUACGAGUGCUGGACCCUACAACGCACCCCCAGAGACUUCCAGGCUCAUAGGUUCCAGCGCUAGAAACGGUACUACUUGCAGGGAGGAAAAGGACCCCAGAGGACACGGAUCCGCGGUGGACGGUGAUGACGUCAUUGCUCCGCCCGGGGAGUCCCCCAAUACUUACACGUUUACCAGACACGCAAUCCGUUCAAAUUACAUGGAUAAAAGCAUAGAAGCUAAGAAGAAGGUGAUCCGGAUGUUGUUUGUGGUCGUGGCCGAGUUCUUCGUAUGCUGGGCUCCUUUGCACGUGCUCAACACGUGGUACACAUUCAACCCCGAUGCGGUUUAUCGCACCGUGGGUAGCACAGGCGUGUCUCUGGUACAACUUCUGGCCUACAUCAGUUCCUGCUGUAACCCCAUCACGUACUGCUUCAUGAACAGAAAAUUCCGACAGGCUUUCCUUGGAGUUUUCGACUGCUACAGAUGCUGGAGCUUGUACUGCUGCUGUUGCUGUGCUAGUGACGUAGGUCCACUGCGUUCUUCUCGUCUGGGUGGCCUUCAGAGGGACGGUGCAGUCCUCGGCGGUUUGGGCGGUAAUAAUUCGGACGUUUCCGGAAACGACUCGACUGUGUUCGUCGGCAGAGCUAGUGUGGGGGUAAGAUCAGCUUGGUUUCAGAAGUGGUGGAGCUGGAAGCCGAGGAUCGUGUUUAGCAACGCGGGGGUCGGGGAAGAACGUUUACACGCUGCUGGUGGUGGUAUUGUUCAGACUCCGCCUGCUGGACAUGGUUCAUUCCGUUACCGCAUCACGUGGCGGCGCUCCAGUCACCAAGCGACUCGACAUUUUGGCUCGACUUCCGGUAGCCAUUAUGAUAGCAGCGGCAGCUGUAGUUGUACGAUUUGUCCACCAAGCUCCAGUUCCAGCGAUCUUUACUCGUAAAGGAGCCCGGCCCUAAAGUUUGAAUGAAGAUUCACAGGAUUUGUUGACACUUCGGCUGUUCAGCACAGAAUAACAAACUAAAAUUCGUCCACUUGAAGAUUAAUGCUUAGAGUAUGGAAGAAUUCGUGACUGAGUGAUGGAAUUCUUAAAUUUUACGUAUGUAGCGAGUGCAAUUUUUGAAAAAUCAAUUAUUCGUACGAAUAUUUUCAUAUAAUUUGUCUGUCAUCAAUAACUUCACGUGAUAUGUAACACACGAUUUUAUAAACUUAUUUUUAUUGAUAUAAAGAAAUCUCGGAACGUAAUUUAUAUCUUCAUGUUCGAUGUUUCGAUAUUUCUGACUUUGAAAAAAAAAAUAACGAAAUUGUGAAAAUUAUAAUUUUUUAAGUCUGUGUUAACAAAUACGUAAUUGAACUUGUGAAUACGAAACUAUUAUUCGAAAUUUUAGUUCACUGCUAAAACAUACAGGAUAUUCCAAAAAAAAAAUAUAUACACCUAUGUGUAUACGUCUUUUUGGAACAUUCUGUACGUGUUAAAAUUUAGAUUCCAGCUGUGUAUCACAGGAUUCUGUAUCUUUCUUCAGUUGAGAUGCAUUUAUUUUACCCAUUUGAAUCUUAAAUUCCCUCAUAUUGGGCAAGUCGUAGGUAUUUUGAGGUGCAUUAGGUUUAAAUUUUACGUAUUUCAAUCUGCUUUACACACCACGUCAUAUUUCGGUCACACGUGAUCAUAAGGGCGUUCAUUUACGUAAACAUUUGUUUUACGUAUCAUUCCGACUACACAUUGAAACACACACAGGCCAACAAACUUUUAUAAAGCUUAAUUAAUUUUCAUUUCACUGCCUUAAAUUUAUAUUUCAACUGGAAAUCUUUAAUGUUAAUUGCCUAUUAAUAAAACUAUUUCCGUAAAAGCUAGGUUAGUAAGUCAUCAUCAGCGUACAGUUUGAUCUUGGAGAAUCGAUCUGGUCGACAUCUGAAAUUAUUCAUGUCUUUCAUAUCGAUAAAAAUCGAUCUUGACAUUAAGGUACCAUCUUAUUGUAGCUGCAGUGCAACUGUGAUGUGUUAUUAAACAACAUUUUACUGUUGGAACUUUUAAUAACUAAAAACGAUGUUAUUACGACAUAUAAAAAUAUUUCCGUUCAAAAGGUCAGUAUUAUUUAUACAUUCGUAUGAAUGUUUUGUACGUCUGUUGGGCAGAUUUUUCGUAAAUUUUAAUAUAUCGUAAUAUACACGUAAUUAUUAAUUUGGUUAUGUGUAAACAGCGACAUAUUUAAUGUUUUUCAAGAUGUUAAAAGUAUUGUUACGUAUUAUUCAGUGGCAAAAUGACGUACAAGUUGUAUGCAGACUUAAUUAUGUCCAGUUAAUGUGAAAUGUUUCAUAAGUAGAUCCAAGUAGCGUAUUGCAUUUCUAAAUUUGUGCAGACAACUGAUAUUUCAAUAUUAUUGUUUCUAAUCGUGUAAUGCAUUUUAACGAAGCCGCGUAACAUCUGUCUUUUGUAAUGAUGUAAUCUGUCUUUAUCUGAUAAAUCAAAUUAUUCCCUUGUAUUUGUGUCGAAUGUCAUUUACCACUCGUAAAGAAUCCUGGAGGCUUAUCAGUGGAUAAAUCGAUCUUUAAUGUAUGACUUCGUACAUUGAAACGGUAAUAAUCUCGUUAAAGUUCUGUGAAUUUUUUCAACCCUUUGUAAGUCAGUGGUAACUAUAUAUGUAUAAACUCGUUUCACGUCAUAACUCUGUAUGUCGCGCACAUAAAUUGAAUUCAUCCGAUUCUCACAAUACGGAGCGAUAAAUUUCCCAAAUAGCAUUAAACACUUAAAGCCGAAUCUCGUAAAAAAUAACAUUAAGUCUUUACAGCAAAAGAAAAUCUUUUCGCAAUUACAAAUAUUAGGUUUUUAGUGUUCUUAAAGGAAAUUGUCACUGUUUAGACUGUUAAUUAUAUAAAACACACUUUUAAUACAGGUGGGAUAUAUAGUUACCACUACGCUUUAAAGGUUAAUAGACGUAGAUGUUAACGGUGAUUGUAUAUUAUUAAAGGUGAGAAUCGUGUUUUAAUACAUAAUUUAAAACAUUUUUGACCUUUAAAUGGUUAACAACGAAAUAAAAAUUUUUUUUGUGUAUAAUAUGACUGGAAAAAUAUGUAUAAACUACAGCUGUACCUCUUAAAACCGUCAAGAUUAAAUGUGAAUGAAAGAUAUAGUAACAAUUCUUCGUUGUCUUAAAUGUUCCUUGUGAGUGAAUUCGUACUACUACAUUUCCCCGAAAAAAUGUAAUAAAAAUAUAUUGAUGAAAUGUGCCAUUAAUUGUUAAUAUAAUAAAUGAGAAAUGAACUGAAA